AUGCGAUCGUACGGGCGAGCGCAUACUCUAGGAUCGGAGCGGCCCCUGCAUGCCCACCUUGCGGCGGUGCUGGCUGAUCGUGGCCUCCCAUGCAAGGACACCCUGUCGCUGGGCACCAUCGGCCGCCUCCGCGUGGCCGACCUCCGCGCCAGCCUGGAUGCCGUGGGCGGGGACCCGGCGGGGACCAAGGACGUGCUGACGCAGCGCCUCGUGCACAUGCUCCAGCAGGAGAGCGGCGGGCUGGCCCAGACUCCACCCGAGGCCAUGCCCUCGGCACCCCUCGCCAGCACCCCCGCGGGGCGCUUCGGCGUGGCCGCCAAGGUCCCGCACCGGCCCAGGCCCUCCACCGCCCACCUGCCGUCCUUCAGGCCGGACCCCCUGGCGCUGGCCGCCGCGCUGGCCGCCGCCCACGCCUCGAACGUGGUGGUGCUGGACGUGGCGGGGCGCUGCGCCGUGGCCGACGCCAUGGUGGUGGCCACUGGCCGAUCCCCCGCCCAGCUGCGGGGCCAGGCCGAGGCCGUGGGCGGCCACGGCGCCGAGUGGCUGCUGGUGGACGGCGGGCGGGUGAUCGUGCACCUCAUGCUGGAGGGCGCGCGGCGCGCCUACGACCUGGAGGCGCUGUGGGGCGAGGAGGGGCGCAGCGUGCACAGCGUGGAGGCGGCGCCGGGCGUGCAGACCCUGGACGGUCUCAUGCCGGGGGCCGGGGCCUGA